AUGUCUGAGAGCCGUUGCCCGGGCGAUCCUCCAGACUCUCCAGUGCGCGGGGUGCUGUUGCGGAACAGAUUUGGAAGUGAGGCCGAAACCGAAAGCAGCGACCCAAAUAAGAGUAGCACGCAACCCGUCGCAAAUGAUGUUCCGCCCGCCCUGACCGACACCUCUCUCGGAGACCAGGCGCUGGCCGCGACCAGGAGGGAAGCCGUACAGACCAUGAGGAAGAUUCGUGGCUCUUUUUCCGACCACGACGCUGCCAAUCCUUUCUACAUGGAAGUCCCUCUGACCUUUGAAGCUUACAAGGCAAUCAAGUCCAGCACAACCGUUAGCAAAUAUUUUCGCAAAUGCAGAACCCAGUAUUUCGCGCAGAAACAGGUCUUUGUCGUCAUGAGUCAACCAGGUGACCUACACUCGUACUUUAUCACGAUGCUCAGUGACGAAAUCGAGCGUCAGAUGCAACAUUAUCGAGAAAACGGGACGUUCGUGGUUUCGAAAUUUGUCAAGGAGACGGCGCGAGACACCGACUUCGAGGUGGAGUUGCCAGCGUCGCAGACGGGUCGCACCACGCUGCAUCUCGACUUGAACUUCCGACACCACAAUCGGUCACAACCUCGGGUCAUCAUUCAGGUAGCAACCACGCAGCCAGCGGAGUUACUGGGGGACAUCGCAGAAGCGGCCAUCAUGGAGACCAAGGGAGAGGCAGUGCUGGUGAUUGGCGUCAAGCUCAGCUAUCCUAACAGCAAACGAGCGACAAUCUCUGUCUGGAGAUCCGAUUGGUUAUCCUCGCAAACGAAACUGGGGGUCAGUGUGAAGACGAUAGUCAAUUGCCAGGAAUUUAUCCGCGACGACGGCUCGCUAAAUCUCAGCUGCGAGGGAAUCCAUCUCAACCUCCCCGAUUUGGUCGGCAGAUGGAUCAUGCCCCGGUGUAUGAUUGUUAACGUCUCGGCUCUUGACCUUGGGAGAUACGCAGAGGAGUCACGACUUCGAGACGAGUUCCGGCAGAAGCAAAAGGCAGAGAGGAAUGCUGAGCUCAACCAGAAAUGUUUUGAGGCGGCGGAGCCGAGCGAGCAGCCGGAGACGAAAGUGCGGAAAGAGGGGAGGCGGGUUCGAUUUGUCGAAGUGCUGGACGAUUCCAAAUUUGACGACGCAGCGUAUCCCGACGAUGAAUCCGAACCUUGA